CAGCUUUUUCCUCAGCAGCCACGGACCAAACACCAUCUUUCUCUCUCAAUUUGAAUCCAAACCCGCAAUCACAAAAAUCACAUUAUAUAUAUACAUAUAACGUGUAUCUACACGUUAUAUGUAUAUAUAUCUUCAUCUUCACUCUCUUGAUCCGCUUCUCAGCAAUCUCAGGCUCGUUCUUUGCGUUUCGAUUUAUGUUAUUGAUUUUGAGUUGGUGAAGAAGGUAUGAAAACGGAGAAUUAGGGUUUUUAUUUGGGCGUGAAAACGGUUUUGUGUGAUGGACGGAACGCGUCGAACCGGGGGAGAGUCGGUGUCGGAGAUCGGUAUUCCGACGGGGUUGAACCGAAUCAGGACUCGCCGGGAGUCUCCCAAGGACCCGCCGAGUUCAAUAGAUGAUGAUGUCGAUAAUUUGACUCCUGGUAUUCCAAUGCCUGGAAAGCUCCAUGGCUCUAAAAAAGAAGGACUCCAUAAAAGGAAGAAGAUAGGUCGGUGGUUCAAAUCGCAUUUUUUCAGAGAUUCCACUCAUGAUUUCAAUGAUAAUUCUCCAAAGUCCGAGACUAGUGACUCGGAAGGUAAAGGAUUUGGCAAGGAGGGUCCAAGAACUAAACUGCACAAGGUGGGGAAGCAUUCAACUGUAGACCAAUCUUCACCGGAAAGCAUGUAUGUCAUUGAAGUUCCAAAAGGUGUAAAAAGUUUUUCGCAUGAACUGGGACCGAAAGGUGGCAUUCGUCCUGUGUACCAUCGGGCUCACAGCUAUAAUGAUUUGAAGGAGCUUCUGGGAUCAUUGCGAUCAAGAUUUGAUGCUGCAAAAGAAGUCAUUAAUGAGGAGCUGGCUUGGUUUGCUGGGGAGGUGAUGGAACUCUUGCAAAAGAAUGAGUUCUUAUCCCCAGAAGCACAGAAAUUGGCAGAGGAUCUUCUGAUUCUUUGUCAACAGUGUGUUGAAAUGACAUCCUCCGAGUUUCGUGCCAAGUGUGAAACAGUUGUUCAAGAUCUGACUGAGAAGAGGAAGCAAUGCGAAACAGGAUUGCUGAAGUGGUUGUUGACACGCAUGCUUUUUAUAUUGACACGUUGCACAAGAUUGUUGCAUUUUGAGAGGGGCAGUGAGUCAAUUGAUGAGAAAUCUCUUCAUAAAUUUAAGAAAUGCUUAGACAGAGUCCCUUCUGUUGAAAUGAACUGGGAUUCUGAUCCAGUAAAUGCUGAUUCUGGUCCAGGUUAUACUUUAAACCUGAUGAAAGAUGCCAAACACGAACUGCAGGAACAACGUAAGGUAUCUAAGUCACCUGCAACUUCAGGCAGGUCUAAGGUGCCACCUGAUGAGUGUAACAUGACUUCCAGAAAGGAUUUCAUGGUUAUUGAUCAUAAUUCAUUUAAUCGAAGUUCCCAAAUUGAUGUGUUAUCAAGUGUUCAAGAAUAUCAUCAAGUUAAUGGUAAUGAUCUUAGAGACUCGGUAGACAAGGCUAGUUCUUGUUCACUUCGUCAGCAAGGACGGAGUUUAGAUGAAUCUGAUUCAGUUAUUUGUAGGAUAUGUGAAGAAGUUGUUCCAACCUUGCACUUGGAAUCUCACUCCUAUAUAUGUGCUUAUGCGGAAAAAUGUGAUCCAAAAUGUUUCGACUUAGAUGACCGCCUGUUGAAACUUGCAGAGAUGCUGGAACAAAUCAUAGAGUCAUUCAAUUUGAGUGUCCAUGCAUCAUAUGAUAACCCUCAAAAUUCAAAAAUUCAAAUCCCCAAUCCUGCAACCCUAUCUGAAGGUUUUUCUCCAAAGAUAAGUGAGUGGCGAAGUAAAGGUGUGGAAGGAAUGUUUGAGGAUAUUCAUGAGAUGGACACCGCCUGUAUAGAUGAUCUCACAACCCCUAAUUUGAGGGGUCACUUGAGCAUGAAACUUGGCCUCUGUGGCCCAUCCUCCUCCGCUGGAAGCAUAACAUCAGGAUCUUCCACAAAUACCCCUAGAACAGCACAUUUUGACUUUUUCUGGCUGGAGCAUAACAAUACUUCUGAGCUGGAGGACGUGCAACAAAUGACUGAACUUGUUGACAUUGCUCGCUGCGUAGCUGGCACAGAUCUUUCAAAGGACGGGUCCCAUGAGUUUUUACUUACUUAUAUGGAAGAUUUACAGGAUGUGUUGCAACAUAGCAAGAUCAAAGCUCUUGUAAUAGACACAUUUGGAGGCCGAAUAGAGAGCCUUCUGCGAGAGAAAUAUAUACUUGCUUCUGAUCUAUUGGAUGUGAAAAGCCUGAAGACUAAUAGUAGACAUGCUGAAAGCUCUAAAUUUUUGCUGGAUACUGCAUCUCAGAGUAGUACAACAUCAACUCCUGUACAUCCCUCACAUAAAGAACGAACAAGCAUUGAUGACUUUGAGAUUAUUAAACCAAUUAGCAGGGGAGCUUUUGGUAAAGUCUUUCUUGCACGAAAGCGAACAACAGGGGAUUUAUUUGCAAUAAAGGUGCUGAAGAAAUUGAAUAUGAUUCGGAAAAAUGAUAUUGAGGGUAUAUUGGCUGAACGUAACAUCCUGAUAACAGUUAGAAACCCUUUUGUGGUUCGAUUCUUUUAUUCAUUCACCAGUAGAGACAACCUUUAUUUGGUUAUAGAAUAUCUCAAUGGUGGUGAUCUAUACUCUUUGCUCAGAAAAGUUGGUUGCCUCGAGGAGGAUGUAGCUCGUAUCUAUAUAGCAGAACUGGUUCUCGCUUUAGAAUACCUGCAUUCUCUUGGAAUCGUCCAUCGUGAUUUGAAACCAGACAACAUAUUAAUUGCACAUGACGGGCAUAUCAAGCUUACAGACUUCGGCUUAUCAAAAAUUGGACUUAUGAAUAGUACGGGAGAUUUACCUGGACCUGACACAGAUGGAAUUACUCUUUUAGAUGCACAUGAUCAGCAUGCUCAAAAAACAGAGGAUAGAAAUCAGCAGUCAGCUGUUGGCACACCAGACUACUUGGCACCUGAGAUUCUUCUUGGAACUGAGCAUGGUUAUGCUGCAGACUGGUGGUCAGUGGGGAUUAUCCUAUUUGAAUUUAUCACAGGAAUCCCACCUUUCAAUGCCGAACGUCCGGAGAUAAUCUUCGACAACAUUCUUAGCAGGAAAAUUCCCUGGCCUUCUGUUCCUGAUGACAUGUCGUAUGAAGCCCAAGAUUUGAUUGACAGGUUCCUUGUUCUUGAUCAAGAUCAGCGUCUUGGUGCAAAAGGAUCUUCAGAGGUAAAAGCACACCCAUUUUUUAAUGGAGUCAACUGGGACACCCUCACCUUACAAAAGGCUGCUUUUGUUCCACAUCCUGAUAGUGUAGACGACACAAGCUAUUUUGUGUCACGGUAUACGCAAUUUUCAGAUGGAAUGCCACAUGAUCGGGUCUCUAGCGAUUCUGCUUCUGACAUUAGUGAAUCCUCGAGUUCUGGAGUCGAGAAGAUGGAUGAAUGUACUGACCUUGAACGAUUUGGCUCGGCUCUCGAUCUCUCCUUGAUAAACUUUUCUUUUAAGAAUUUGUCAGAGUUGGCAACUAUCAAUCGUGACGUGCUCUUACAAAAUUGGAGAGAUCAACCGAAAUGAUCAUCUCUGUGCUCAUCUCUGUUCCAAGUUCGAGACUCCCCCUUUUCAUUUUUUAACUAGGGGUUGUGGAUAUGGGUUCUUUUUUUUUAUUAAAAAGAGCAUUUUUUUCUACACAAUUUUGUUUAAGGGAAGAAAGUUCUGAGGGAACAGCACCAGGUUUGUGAAGGUUGUUUUACUGGUAACCAUUCUGAUCGUUACAAUGUAUAUAGAAUAGAUAAAGACGGGAAAAUAAAAGAGGAAAAUUCUAUACAAAGUAGGGGCUGAAACAUGUUAAUCCCUGUCAUAGGUCCAGAUCAUAGUUGAUUGCUCUGAGAGCUCACAGCGCUUGAGAUUUUGAAAUGUAAAUAUUUCCAUUAAUUUAUUUGUAUAUUUCAAACUGUUGACAUGGACAUGAUAAGGCUUCGCAUUGUUGGGGAA